UUUUAAGCAGGCUUGCCUGGAGUAAUGCUUCACUUGCUGAUUGAUGUUGCUUCGAGAUACGAAGAUCCAUACGAGUCGAUGUCAUUGGGUGCUCAGACAAUCACUCAUAGCGGUCAGUUUGACGAAGACCUCGAAAAAAAAAAAACCUUAUUCAACGCCCGCCCGCCCAAAUUUGUCGAUUCCCCCGGUGAAACAAGCGAUGGCCAAGGCCUCUCUUUUCCGCCCCCUUCCCGAGUGAUUCCCGCCGAGCUACCCUUGCCCCAGCCCACUUCCGCAUCCAUGCUUUAUCCUAAUUCAGGAUGGAUUCUCCCCCUGUCCCCACGUAGGUAUUGCUCCUCAGGCUUGCGACGUUGCCGAUGGACGAGACGAUCUCUUUUGCUGUUUAGUAUCCUUGGAGAAGGCAAGCUCAUACGCUGGUUUCUCCUGUACAUCAGGCCGGCGGUCAAGAUGGUGCGUUUGUGCGCCUGGCGUAGCAUGGCCUCUAGCCACGGACAUGCGCGGGCGCAUUAAAACCAUCCUCCCGCCCUGCCGUCGAGUCUCAGAUGCGAACAUGUUCUGCUCUUGUUGAUUGUUGCAUUCCACCCCCUCCUCUAGCCCUCCCCCCC